AUGGCCGCUUCCCAUGUGGCGGUGAUGGUGCUUGUGCUGGUGGCCGCCUGCCUCGCUGGCAAGCCCGACAUUCCCAACGUCGUCUGGCACGAGAAUGCUGCCGCCGCGAUCGGCACCGACAUCGCCGAGGUGGCCCGGAACGCGGGUGUGGACGUGCCUGAGCUCCUGCGCCUGCUGACCGACCGCGACAUCGGCUACGACACGGCCAACAAGCGCCUGCUCUACGCAUGCGAGAGCAUGGCCGUGCCCGCCGGCGCCACCCCCGCCGCGGCCCCCGGCUCCGCCACCGCCGGCGCCGCCGACCCCACCGACCUGACCCUGGCGUUCAAGCUGCACAGCCGCCCCGGCGCGCCGCGCCGCCUGGUGCUGGACUUCACGGGCCACACCACCACCGGCACAGCCUGGAACAGCGCGAGCCGCCCCAGCAUCGUGACGCCGCCCUACGACCUGGACGGCGUGCCGUCCACUUUCAGCGAUGCUGAGCGCCGCAACAUCAUCGCCAUCUGGCGCGCCGUGGCAGAGGACUUUGCCGCCUUCGACGUCGAUGUCACCACUGAGGAGACCGACGCGAGCGGCGCGCAGCUCAACCUGGCCGACAAUGGCGCCCGUGCCGUCAUUGGGGGGUCGUCCUACGAUUGGUAUGGCGCAGGCGCGGGCGGCGUGGCCUACGUGAACACGUUUGGCAACACUUACUACGACCCCGCGUUUGUGUUCCCUGCCCAGUUGGGCUCCGGCUACCCCAAGUACGUGUGGGAGGCCACCAGCCACGAGCUGGGCCACCGCUUGGGGCUCAGCCACGACGGCGACACUGUGGGCAACGCCUACUCCACCGGCAGCGGCAUCUGGGCGCCCAUCAUGGGGGUCGGCUACUACAAGGCCGUCACGCAGUUCAGCAAGGGGGAGUAUGCCAACGCCAACAACAAGGAGGACGACCUCGCCAUCAUCACCGAUCCCACCCGCCUGAUGACCAGCGCCAGGGGCUUCAUGGCCUACCGCCCCGACGACCUCGGCAGCACCAUGGCCGCCGCGGCACCCCUGGCCGGCAACCCCACCGCCGCGGACCCUGCGCGCACCACUGCGGCUGCCGUCGGCGUCAUCGAGCGCAGCGGCGACGCGGACUGGCUCUCCUUCGCGGCAGGCGCGGGGCCGGCGACUGUGAGCAUCGCACUCACGCCGGCGUCCCCAGACGGCAACGCGCGCGCCAACGUCGACUUGCGCCUGGAGGUCUGGGCAUCUGGUGCGGCCGCGCCGCUGGCCACCUUCAACACUGCCGGCGCCCUGCUGUCUGGCGCCAACGCCGUCACGCUGCCGGCUGCAGGCACGUACUACGUCGCCGCCAUCGGCACGGGUGACACUGACUUCACCAGCUACGCCUCCCUGGGGGAGUACAGCGUGGCACUCGAGUACCCCACCCCCUCCAGCCCGCCGUCCCCCUCCCCCUCGCCGUCGCCGUCGCCCUCUCCCGCGCCGGCCCGCGAGAUCCGCCUGACCCUCUCCAGCUACUCGAUUGUCACUGGCAGGGGCACCGGCAAGAACCCGGCCACCACCUACGGCGUCAGCGCCAUCCUUAUUGCCAAGGACGAGAACGGCACGCCCAUCACGGGCACCUCCGUCACAAUGGGCGCCACCUGGGCGUCCUCGACGUACAGCAAGUCGUCCACCAAGACGGUGACGUACACCACGUCCGCCGCCGGCACUUUCCAGGUGUUCGCGUCGCCCACCACGACCGUCACGCCCGGCAGCGCGACGCUCACGAUCAACACUGUGUCGGCGAGCCCCUUCACUUGGAACCAGGCCGCGUCGACGCCGGUGAUGACCUUCUCUUGGCCCUGA